UUAUUCAUAAAAUUAUAAACAAGCACAUCACAAUAUCACAUGCUUCUAGUUCUAACAUUUAAGCACAGGAUCAUGAGUGAUAUUUUAUAAUAUUGUACAUUUGCACAGUAAAUAGUAAAACUAUUCUGUAUUUUUGUGCUAAAAAUAUUAAAUUAGAACUGUUUAUUUCCUGCAUAAAAACAUAUUGUCAUAAAUCAUGUCUUGAUUUCCCGUUUUAGUGUUUUGUUAUUUUGUUGAACUACGAUCAAGAUUUGAAAUGGAAAAUAUAAAUUUAAAGGAUUAUAAGUUGACUACCUUACUGUCGUUUUAAGGUCGAUGAUUCAGCGUAUUAUAUACCAAAUUUUAUUACUGAAGAUCAGGAAACAUACAUAAUGGAGAAAGUAAAUAAUGCACCAAAACCAAAAUGGUGUCAACUGAAAAAUAGAAGAGUUCAAAAUUGGGGAGGAACGCCUCAUACCAAAGGGCUUAUUCCUGAACAAAUUCCUGAUUGGUUAAAAAGAUUUAUUGAUCAAGUAGACAGUCUUCAAGUAUUUCCUAGCAUUAACAAACCAAACCAUGUGUUAAUUAAUGAAUACCUAUCUGGACAAGGGAUCAUGCCCCAUUUAGAUGGAAGUUUAUUUUUUCCUAUCGUAAGUACUAUUAACUGUGGAUCUCACACUGUACUGAACUUUUAUAGGCCACUUAAGGACGAAGCAGUUAUAUCAAGUGAGAAAGUGUACAGUUUAUUGUUGGAAAGGAGAAGUCUACUAAUUUUGAAGGAUAAAAUGUAUACCGAAUAUAUGCAUGGCAUUGAAGAAAUUACCAAUGAUAUUAUUGAUGAUAAAAUAUCCAAUAUAAAAUUGUUUGGAUCAAAUUAUCAAAAUGGAAUUACACUAACAAGAAAUAAACGCAUAUCAUUAACAAUCAGAAAUGUUCCUAGGGUAUUCAAAUUAAAUUUGAAUUCAAUAAUGAAAAAAUAAACUUAUAAAUUUUAAAACACAAAUAUGUACAAUAAAUUGUUUGAAUAUAUUUUUAAAUUCACUUAAAAUAAUUAAUCAAAUUUAUAAUAUUUACAAUAAUAAUUUUUUUCUUGUAUAUAUAUAUAUAUUUUAUAAUUAAAAAGUUGUUGGUAAAUAAAUAU